AUGCUCCCGUACGGAAAAUGUAGGCUGGAAUUGAUCGUGUUCUGGGAGCAGCAGCAGCAGCACCAAGGAGCACCCAGGGAUGGUAGCGUUGGAACACCCCAGACAACAAGCGAUGCCCCGGCGAUUGGUAGGAAGGCGGAUGGAGAUGACCCCAAAAUCGAUCACGCAUUGCAUCUCAAUCCUCCAAGCGGCGGCCAAUCCCCAUCCCGCAUUAUUUUGCACGGUUUCAAACCACGUUUUAAACAUCCACAGCCACAACAAGACCGAGCGGCCGUCAGUCUGCAACACACGCGAGCGGAGGGAGGAAGCCCGAAGUUACAGGCGCCAGACACAGGAAGUUAG